AUGGACGUGAAGGAAGUAAAGGACGUUGAAUCGCCCCAGGCUGUCACCAGAGAUGGUCCAAUCCAUGAAGAGCAUCUAGUGCUGAUUCCUCAGCCUAGUACCCACCCCCGCGAUCCCCUGAACUGGUCCUUGAGACGGAAGUAUCUCAUCGCGGGUGUACUAUGCCUGGCUUCUUUCUCUGGUGCGGUUGCUCCGUUAUCGGGUCAGCUCAAUCUUGCUGACCAGGAGGCGCUUUAUGGCAAGUCGAAGUUGCAAGAGUCUUAUGCGAAUUCCGCCGCCUUGGCGGGUAUGGCAGCGGGCCCAUUCUUCUUUGCGCCUCUCUCCCAUAUCUUUGGCCGCAGCUCCGUCAUCUUCUGGUGUAUACUAUGCACACUUGUUUGUCAGAUCUGGGCGGCUGUCAUGACCCACCAUGACGACUAUAUUCCAUUUAUCAUUUCUCGUCUAUUCGCAGGUUUUUUCGGUGCAGUGCCCACAGUCCUGGGUCCGCGCAUCGUCACCGACCUGUUCUACCUGCACCAGCGUGGUCGAGCAUUUACUGUGCUGCACAUGGCUUUCCUGUUUGGUACUAUCGCAGGCCCAACCUUCUCUGGGUUUAUCUCGGCCAAUGCCUUCUUCCCAGUGGAAUUCUGGUGGACAGUCGGUCUACUUGGCUUUACGUUAAUCUGCUGUUUCUGCUUUCUUGAAGAGACCGGGUUUGACCGUGAGAAUUUCGACCGCAACCCUGAUAUCCCACAAAAUCUUGUUGCGAAUCGUUUGGCGACUUUCUUCUUUGGCUCGCGCGUCGUGCUCCCAACUACUUGGAAAGAAACGGCUUGGAUUGGUGUGACGCCUUUUCUUAUUGGUAUCUGUCCUGUGACCAUCAUUAUGGGUACCUUUACACUUAUUUCCUUCGGUUUCUAUGUUGGUGUCAACGCGUUGACACCGGUAUGGCUUCAAAAGCCAGUUUCGGAGGGCGGCUACGGUUUCUCACUUAAGCAAAAUGCUGCAUUUACCUUCUGCCACUGGAUUGGAAUUAUUAUCGUCCAAUUUUACGGCCACUGGCUGAAUGACCGCCUCCCACUCGCACUCGCCCGUCGCUUUAAUAACGGCGCCUGGAAGCCAGAGUACCGACUCCACGUCCUGUGGAUCCCGAGUCUGAUUCUGAACCCCAUUGGACUGGGAAUUUUCGGUGCGGCACUACAGUACCACCUGCAUUAUAUGGUAUUGGCCCUUGCCGUGUUCCUUGUGACAAUUGGAUCAUUGGCUAGUGUCCCUGUUACGGUGAACUAUAUCGUCGAGUCUUUUACGCAUUAUCCUGCUGAGGCGGGUAUUGUCAUCGGUGCCUACCGUAUCGUCUACGGACUGACAAUCAGUUUCUAUAUCAACCCAUGGGUUGCGGCUGUGGAUGUUGGAUGGGUUUACGGAAUGAUGGCUUUCUUUGCUAUCUUCUCGUUCCUCUUUGUCAUGCUUCUUAUGUGGAAGGGCCAUGCCAUUAGGAGUAUCCAGUUUGCCCACCUUGCAUCUAGUGAGGAGGGAGAGAAGUUGAUGGAGUAG